CCCUCCCUCCCUCACUGUAUCCAUCCCACCCCACCCACACCGCACCGCUCCCUCGCCCAGACCACCCCGAAAGAAGGCGCAAAUUGCAGACGGGUCCCCGGAUCGAUCCCCAUUCCUCCUCCAGGCCGCCGCGAUGGGCAUCUCCAGCAUGCCGGCGCCCAAGGAGAGCCUCCUGAUCUACCUGCUCUACCACGCCGUCGUCUCGAUCGCCGCCCUGGCGGGCCUCCUCCGCGCCGCGCUCGUCUUCCUCGGCCUGCCCGCGCCGCCCUCGCUGCUGGCCGGGGAGGACGCCGACGGCGCCGACCAGCUCACGGCCGCCACCCCGGCGGGCCCCAGCCUGGCCGAGAGGUUCAGGAGCAGGUUCCGCCCCGCGCGGUUCGGCCGGAGGCGGGGCGCGGCGGCCUCGGCGACGCCCGACUGCCGCGUCUGCCUUGUUCGCUUCGAGGCGGACGCCGUGGUGAACCGCCUGCCCUGUGGCCACCUCUUCCACCGCGCCUGCCUCGAGACCUGGCUGGACUACGACCACGCCACCUGCCCGCUCUGCCGCUCCCGGCUCCUCCCGGCCGCCACCACCGCCGCCGACGAGUCGUGGUCGCCGCCGGCCCCCACCCUGACGGCCUGGAUUUAGGGACGAGUGGAGGGAAGAGAAGAGAGAGAUUCGCCCCGUCGCGUCGCCCCCGGCUAUGUGCUAGCUCCGUGUGUGGCCUCUCCGUGUGCGCGUAGGAAUUUAGAUGGACCCUAGCAGAGGGCUCUUAUGCCCCUCGCCUUUCGCAUUUGCCUUUUGGUUUCGUUUUCUGUACGCCUCGUGCCAUCGCUGUACCGUGUAAAUAUUUUUCAGCAGAGAGCGCUCCCACCGGGUGUAGCGCUUUGUGUGAUGAGAAAUCUGUGUACGGCCCUCGGCUUUUUUUACGAGAAACGGAAAAUUGAUGGAACAA